UGACAUUCAUCACAGAGUACGUAAUAAACAUUUAUUUUGAUUUGGGACAUCAAUUUUACAAAAUAAUAAAGGCUAUUUGUGGUUUCCGAUAUUACGACAGCAAUUUUAAAUCAAAUUACACCGUAGGAAACCACGGAACGAUGAAUAAAAUUCAACAUUAACGCAUUACUCAUUCUCAGUGUUGUUCGACAUAUGUGCCAACUUUUCCAAUAUGUAGACGAAUAUACCGGGAAGUAUUCGUAAACAAAUUUAAUUAAUUGAGAUCGAGUUGUGAAAUUCCUUUGGCUGUUUCCUCCAUUCUCAGGAGUUUCGUCUGAGCUGCAUAACCAGCCAUGGCGACGACAGCAGAAGGCGAGAUUCAGAAGCUGAAAGCCUUAGAGGACCGCAUCAAGGCUCCUUGUGUGUGGGGCCGCGCGCCCUGCGGUCUCAGGUUCGAGGACUUACAGGACCGGAGGUACGACGACGCCGUCAAACUGCUGAAGAAAGAGUUCCUGAAUGAAGAGGUGACGUACAGAUCAGUGAACAUCACGGACCCGGCCAACCUCGAGGCUUUGGAGGAGUUCGUGCACAACGCGCGCGUGUGGAUGCGGGACAAGGUAUCGCUGGCCGCGGUCAAGGAGAAGGACGACACACUGGCUGGAGUACUGCUCAUGAGGAUACAGGAGAAAGCAUCCUUCUCCCGAACCUUCAGCCGAGUCAAGAUGACCUACGACCCCAUCUACACCUCCGUCAUGACAUUCUACAACGAGGUAGAGCGUCCCGUGGACCUGUUUGAUAAGCUCCAGGUGCGCAGGUACUCCAAGGUGUAUGUGCUCGCGCUGAAGAACCGCUACCGGCAUCGGGGCAUAGGCAAGUUGAUGCUCAAAGCGGCGAUCGAACUAACCAAGAGCGCGGGGGUUCCCGCCGCGGCCGGCAUCUUCACCACGGGCCGCGGCCAGGCCAUAGCGGACCAACUCGGCUUCCAGAAGUUUAAUGAAGUCUAUUAUUCACGAUAUUUGGUUGAUGAUAAGAUCGUAUUCGCGGACACUGGAGUGGGAAACUACAGUGCUGCUCUCAUGGCCUACCGAAUACCCGAAGUGGAAGAAGCUGAGGAACUGAUGAGGGGUAUGUCCUCUCGGUACACGGUUCAAGGUGAAGAGAAUGCUGAGGAGGAGGGUGGUGAUGGUGAAAGUAUUAAAGAUGAUGGUGGUGGUGAUGGAAGUAAAGUUAUACAGUGAUCAUUGU